AUGCCACCAACCAACAAAGCAGCCUGGCUCCUAACCUACGAAAACCCAUCCCUCGUCGUCAAAGAAGCACCCUACACCUUCCCCUCUACCAACCAAAUCGUCGUCCGCGCCCACGCCGUAUCCAUCAACCCCGUCGACGCCGCCAUCCCCUUCCGCGGCGCCGUCGUCUUCCCCUGGCUCAAACUCCCCUUCAUCCUAGGCUCCGACAUCUCGGGCGAAAUCGUCGAGCUCGGCCCCGGCGUCGAGAACUUGAAGGUCGGCGACCGCGUCGUCGGCCAAUGUUUGGCGUGGCAGCAUAACAAUCCCGUCGAGGGCGCGUAUCAGGAAUAUGUGGUGAUGCAGCAGAAUAUGGUGUGUAAGAUUCCGGAUGAGAUUCCGUACGAGGAGGCCGCUGUUCUGCCGCUUUGUUUGGCGACUGCGGCGUGUGGACUGUUUGAGAAGAGGUUUUUGGGGUUGGAAUUCCCUUCUUUUGAGCCGAGGGAGCAGGGGAAGACGGUCAUGAUUUGGGGUGGGAGUACGAGCGUGGGAUGCAAUGCGGUGCAACUUGCUGUGGCGGCGGGGUAUGAAGUGUUUUCUACUGCUUCGCCGAAGAAUUUUGAGAUGGUUAAGAAGUUGGGGGCGAAGAUGGUCUUUGAUCAUAAUAGUGCUACGGCUGUGGAAGAGAUUGUUGCAGCCUUGAAGGGCAAGACGAUAGCGGGCGCUUAUGCCAUUGGUGCCCCGACAUCUGAUCGCAAUGGGUUCUCGGCCGGAGAAGCAUGCUUGGAGAUUGUGAAGAGGAGUGAGGGAAGGAAGUUUGCCGCGAUGGCUAUGCAUGGUCCUGCUGAGUUGGCUCCCGAGGGCGUGGAGGCUAAGUUUGUGACUGGAGAACAGUUCAAGACUAACGAGGUGGGGAAAAUGAUCUAUGGGGAGUAUUUGCCAAGAGCACUGAAGGAGAGGAAGUUUCUUUGUAUGCCUGAGGCGGUGGUUGUCGGGAAUGGGUUGGAGAAGAUCCAGGAGGCAUUCGAGGUUCAGAAGAAGGGCGUUUCAGCUAAGAAGAUUGUCGUUACGUUGUGA